CUUCUCCUUUGAAUGCAUCAGGAUUCAAUCCGCCAUCCCGAGGGAUUUCUGCCUGGGGCAUGUGUUGCCCUUGAUCGCCUCCUGCCUCCUAAGGGAUUAUGGAGUCAGGGGGAGCCCUGGAUCCCCCAGUUCCAGAGGAGUCAUUAGGCGUAUUGGAUAGUCGGAGGAAACAGUCCGAUUCAUGGUAUCCGCUUCUUGCUACAAUUGUAUAGGCUGCUUCUCUGAGCCUCUUUGCUGCUGUGCAUGGAAGGUGCCUGUGCAAAUGGUCAUUGUCCUGGCCUUAGUCAGAGGCUGUGGUGGGGACUUGGGGUGUCGUUUAACCGCCCCCCCAUUCCUGGUUUGAAGAGCACCAAUACCUAAAGCACGGACGCACGGCUCGUGGCGUGGGGUGGGUGAGGGAAGGAUUUAGCAAUGUAAACAUGGGGGGGAACCCCACUUUGUAAUUGGAUUGCGGGAUCAGCCCCUCCCCGCUCUCCUGAUCCACAGAUGGAAGAGGGGAGGAGGGAAACCUCCCCCCCCCAAUUCCUCCCCUCCCCUCCCGGCACAUCCUUCCCUCACCCCGCCCCCACAAUCCCAAAUCCCCUCCCCAAUAUGUUGCUCCUCCUCCUCGCCAUCCGAACUCUGUUCCGGGAAGGGGGGGGAUGAGCCCCCCUCCCAACCUGACUGCUUCUCCCGGAAGUGGAGCUUCUGCGCCGGAUUGCUGCUCUGCGCCGUAGCUCUAGGGGCGCGCGCUUUCGGAAAGGGGAGGAGGGGCGGCAGGGGAGGACACCCCCCCCCGUGGAUAUUGCAGGAAAGGAAAGGAGAAUCUGGAGCGAGGACAAAGAGGCAGUGUCAGAAUGACUGACAAGUUGAGAUUCUUCCCAGUCAAAGGACCCAUUUUCAUGAUAGACAGUGCCUGUGGCUGGAGGCUCUACCUACAAGGUGUGCCUAUAUAGGCCAAAGAGUGCCAGGAUUAGCACAGGUGAGGGUCUGCCUUCACCUGCAGCAGAAUUCCCCAACCCACCAAGAAUUUGAGACCCAGCAGAUAUCCUCACCUGGUUUAGCCAGCCCAUUGAAGCCGUUGCUUGGAUCACUGCCCCUGUUGCAUGCUGACAGCUUCUGGAAGCCAAAGGAUUUCCUUUCCUCCCACUCUGAAGAAGGAGAUGGAGAAGACAGUCAGAACUCCAGGAGAUGGGACACCUUUUGUUUCAUUAGAAAGAGAAAUUAAAAUGUGUGAAAUGUGGAUUAUGCUUCAUAGAAUGAGCACACAUAAUUCACAUCAAUGACCUCCAACAGGGGAGAAACCAUUGAAAGGUAAGGAGUGUAGAAAGAGUUUCACUGAUAUUGGAAAACUUAGAAUACAUCAGCAGAUUAACAUGGGCAAGAAAGGAUUCAAAUGCAUGCAGUGUGGGAAGAACUUCAGUCAGAGUGGAUCCCUCAAUAUACAUCAACGUAUUCACACAGGAGAGAAACCAUACAAAUGUAUGGAGUGUGGAAAGAGCUUUAGUCAGAGUGGACACCUCAAUUUACAUCACCAGACUCACACAGGGGAGAAACCAUUUAAAUGUAUGGAGUGCGGAAAGAACUUCAGUCAGAGGGGAUACUUUACAUCAACGGACUCAUACAGGCGAGAAACCAUUUAAAUGCAUGGAGUGUGGAAAGAGCUUUAGUGAUAUUAGAAACUGUAGAAAACAUCAACAGACUCACACAGGGGAGAAACCAUUUAAAUGCAUGGAGUGUGGAAAGAGCUUCGGUUUCAAUGCAGAACUUAGAAGACAUCAGCGGACUCACAGAGGGGAGAAACCAUUUCAAUGUAUGGAGUGUGGAAAGAGCUUCGGUUUCAAUGCAGAACUUAGAAGACAUCAACGGACUCACAGAGGGGAGAAACCAUUUCAAUGUAUGGAGUGUGGAAAGAGCUUCAGUUUCAAUGCAGAACUUAGAAGACAUCAACGGACUCACAGAGGAGAGAAACCAUUUAAAUGUAUGGAGUGCGGAAAGAGCUUUAGUGAUAAUGCACACCUUAGAAGACAUCAACAGACUCACACAGGGGAGAAACCAUUUAAAUGUAUGGAGUGUGGAAAGAGCUUUAGUGAAAAUGGAACCCUUAGAAAACAUCAACAGACUCACAGAGGGGAGAAACCAUAUAAAUGUAUGGAGUGCGGAAAGAGCUUCAGUCUGAGUGGACACCUCAAUAUUCAUCUACAGGCUCACACAGGGGAGAAACUGUAUAAAUGUAUAGAGUGUGGAAAGAGCUUUUGUGAAACUGGAAAGCUUAGAAGACAUCAACCGACUCACACAGGGGAGAAACCAUUUAAAUGUAUGGAGUGUGGAAAGAGCUUUUGUGAAACUGGAAAUCUUAGAAGACAUCAACGGACUCACACGGGUGAAAAACCAUAUAAAUGUAUGGAGUGCGGAAAGAGCUUCAGUCAGAGUGGACACCUCAAUAUUCAUCUACAGACUCACACAGGAGAAACUGUAUAAAUGUAUGGAGUGUGGAAAGAGCUUUUGUGAAACUGGAAAGCUUAGAAGACAUCAACAGACUCACACAGGGGAGAAACCAUUUAAAUGCAUGGAGUGCGGACAAAGCUUCAGCCAUAGUGGAAAUCUUAGAAAACAUCAGCAGACCCACAUCAGAAAAGCCAGUUAAAUGUUUGGCCUCUGGAAGGAGCUUCAGUCACAGUAGACUCCUUGAUUUACAUUAACAAACUCACAUAAGAGACAAACCAUAUAAUUGUCAGGAAGUUAGAUAGAGGUGGAGGUCCAGUACUUGUGGAAGUUCUAAAUCAACAGACUCAUGCACAGGUUGAACUUUAAGAGUUAAAACCCUACAAACCAUCAACAGACAUGAGGAGAAGCAGUUUAAAUGGAAAGAUUACAGAAAGUGAUUUAAUUAUAAUGGAAUGUUUAAGAAACAUCUAGGGACUCUCACAAGGGAGAACCCAUUUAGAUGUAUGGAGUGUGGGACAUGUUCCUCUCAGAGUCCACUCUUCUUCCCAGCAAUGAUCUCCAAAGAAAUCCAUAUUCCUGCUUCAGGGCCAGCUGAGUCUGUUUCUCUUGUCCUUAUCUCUUAGCUAGGUAACUCCUGUCUAAUCUGCUCUGUAUCAGUGUCACUCCCUGCUUCUGAGACCACUGCAAAAGAGGAGGGUCAAUUCCCCCCCUCCAGCUCCCAGGAAAGCUGAUCUGCCUGAGAAUGCAUUCCUACAUACUCAGCUUCAGACCAUUCCCUGACGCAUUGCGAGAACCCUUGAAAAAGAAGUGAUUUGGCUCACCAUUGGAAGCUAAGACCCCUAAAAGGUUGAAUAUGAAAGAUACGUGGUUGAAGUAUAAUGCUAUUCUGAUGGAAGUAGGGGACCUUGUGAUCCGUUGAAAGAUAAAUUAGAUGAUAGGUUCCAGUACAUCCAGAUAAAUGAAGUGUUUAAAAUGGAUAAGAAAAUUGGUUUUCAAAGAGAGAAAUCAAAACUGGAAACGGAAUUAUUAGAUACAAAACCGAAAAACCUAUCUAAGAUGUAUAAUUUAUUGCUGGAAUGGUGUACAAAAGAUGUACAAGUGAAAUCUGUAACGAUUGAAUGGGCCAGGCAUGUGGGGCACAAUAUCAUGAUGGUGGAUUGGGAGAAAUUGUGGAAAAAGGAAUCAAAUUUACAGCU